CGGCGCGCGGCGCGCGGCGAGCAGGGGCCGGGCCGAGGGAGCGCAGCGCGGGCAACCAUGGCCACGGACGAGCUGGCCACAAAGCUGAGCCGGCGGCUGCAACUGGAGGACGAGGGCGGCAGCGAGGCAGCGGAGCAGCCUGGCCUGAACGGGGCAGCGGCGGCGGCAGGGGCGCCCGACGAGGCGGCCGAGGCGCUGGGCAGCGCGGACUGCGAGCUGAGCGCCAAGCUGCUGCGGCGCGCCGACCUCAACCAGGGCAUUGGCGAGCCCCAGUCGCCCAGCCGCCGCGUCUUCAACCCCUACACCGAGUUCAAGGAGUUCUCCAGGAAGCAGAUCAAGGACAUGGAGAAGAUGUUCAAGCAGUAUGAUGCCGGCCGGGAUGGUUUCAUCGACUUGAUGGAGCUAAAGCUCAUGAUGGAGAAACUCGAGGCUCCCCAGACCCACCUGGGCCUGAAAAACAUGAUCAAGGAGGUGGAUGAGGACUUUGAUGGCAAGCUCAGCUUUCGGGAGUUCCUCCUGAUUUUCCGCAAGGCGGCAGCAGGGGAGCUGCAGGAGGACAGUGGGCUCCACGUGCUUGCCCGCCUCUCUGAGAUUGACGUCUCCACCGAGGGUGUCAAGGGGGCCAAGAGCUUCUUCGAAGCCAAGGUCCAGGCCAUCAACGUGUCCAGCCGCUUUGAGGAGGAGAUCAAGGCAGAGCAGGAGGAGAGGAAGAAGCAGGCCGAGGAGAUGAAGCAGCGGAAAGCAGCCUUCAAGGAGCUGCAGUCCACCUUCAAGUAGCCAGGAGCUGGGCCUGACUACCCGGCCAUGGCCCAGCGCCCAGCCCAAAGGGCAAGGGCAGGUGGGGGUGGGCAGAUCAGGGGCCAGGCCUGCUGCUUGACCCUCUCUGAAGGGACCACUACUAAAACCUAAUGUCUGUGAAUGGAGCAAGUGAGGGGUCCACGUGGGCCCGGCCUCCACCUGCUCCCUCCCGCUGUUCCUGGGCCGUGACACCAGCUGAGCCGGCAGCCUGGCCCUGUCCUCCCUGGCAGUUCCUGCAUCUCUAGCAUCUAUAUCAAGCCCCAGAUGCCCUGCCGCCUCUCCAGUGUUGCUCUGUUGGGCCCAGCUCCUGGCUCAAGGGCACUUGCUCCCUGCUCGUGUGCCUCCCCUCCCCACCAUCCUUCCUCCCUUUCCCAUCUCUCUCCCUUGUCACCUCCUUCCAGUCCUAGGCUCUGGGCCUGUAGAGGCCACCUGCCCCUAACCAUCAGGAUUCCCGGCUCAUAGGGCCCUGGAGAGCCUCUUUCCAGACCUCAGAAGGGGAAAAGCCUGGGGGGCAUCGGAGAUUGAAAGAAUCGUGGCCACUGGGCAGAUUGAGACCCAAGGGGCUUUUCCUCCGGCUCUGCCUGCUCUUUCUGCCUGCGUGUGUAUUGUGGAGAAAGAGAGAUUUCUACCUUGGCCAAGAGACCCAGGCCCCUGGCACCCUGUGCUGACAUCGAGACCCCAGGUCUUGGGGCCUAGCAGGGCAGGGAGAGGGGACAGCUGUGCCAAUCUACCUCACAGGCCCACCCUCUGCCAAGGCAAUGCCAUGGGGCCAUGGGCAGGGGAGGCCCAAGGAGGCAAAAACACCACCACCCAGUACCCCCCCAGAACAGCCUGAGGGUGCUAGGGGGUUCCCGAGAGAGUAGGGUGCAAGGAGGAAUUGGCCCCUUGAUAGGGAAGGCAACCAGCGCUCUGUCUCAGUUCUCCAGGAAGCAUCCAGAAAGUGCUUUACUUGUCUUGCAUGCACCGGGCAGUGGGGAGCAGAGGGGCCUCGCUCAAGUGAUGUCCACCUUGCCACUGGCGAUGGGACUUGUCCCACUGUGCCCACCGUGAGGAAGCCUGGGGACCCCAGCCCUCCUUGCGCCCAUCGCCUGGUGGGCCGUGGCCAGACUCGCACCGCAGGCUCGUUCUGCUGCAGCUCCCAAUAUGCUCGCUCACGUGCGUGUGUGUGUGUGUGUGUGCAUAUGUGUUGUUGCUGUGUUGUGAAAUUGUGACUGUCACCCAGUCCAAACAAAAGAGCGGCCCUUGAGGCCACAGUUAUGCAACUUUCCGUGUGUGUCAUGACAGCGUCCCUGCUUUUGAACUCCGUAACUCUUUAUUUUAGUACAGUGCCUCAAGAGUCUGCGAAACUCCUGUUGGGCUUGCAGAGGUGUUAUUUUUUUGGCCUUAGAAUCUGCAGAAAUUAGGAGGUACUAACCCUGGUGCAGCAGCCCUGGCCCUGGAUUGCGUUUGCCUUAGCAGAUAUGUUUAUACAGAUGAAUAUAAAGAUUUCUUUUGGCAUUUUGCUUUUUAUUUUUUCUUCCCUUCUCACCAAC